AUGAGUAAGUUGAGGCCAAAUUCCCCAAACAGUACAUCGAAUCUGACUGGCUCAAGAACCUAUGUGGCUUUAAAAUUCCUCUCUAGAGGAAAAGACAAAGAGCUUUCUCUCUACCAGUCGCUCUCUAAAGAGGAAGGAUCUUUAGGUCAAGAGUCGGUUGUUAGACUUCGAGACUCAUUUCGAGUCGGUCUCAGAAACGAACAUACGGUCCUUGUCUUCGAUGUUUUAAUUCCUUGGACUUUUCUCAAUCAGAAACAAAAAGAACGGCUUAAUCUCAAGGCUACUGUCUUCCAACUUGCAUCCGGUUUAUCGUUUCUACAUAGCAAAAACAUCACACAUGGCGAUUUACACCAAGGAAAUAUCGCGUUGAAAAUCUCCCCAGAAUUUAUGUUCAGCGGAGAUGAAUUCCUUGGAGAGCUCAACUUCCCAGAUGUGAUUCCCAUACUUCCGAUACCCUACUCAAAGGAAAGAGUUCGUCGGCCGCCUCCUAAUUACCAACCACCAAAAUAUCUCAUGAGCAACAAUGUGUUUUUGGAUUUCGCAAAAGAGGUUCUCUCGCACAAAGAUGCUCUUUCCACUGCAAAAUUACAAAUCAUCGAUCUUAGCAAUGCAUACCAAAACACGCCAACCGAAAUUCCAGUGACCAAACGUACCGUCAGAGCUCCAGAAUCUUUCAUGGAAGAACUAACCUCAUUGAGAUUCCAUUCUGAUCGCCCAGCAGACAUCUGGGCAUUAGCCGUUACGAUCUUCGAAAUAUUGUCCGGGCCAAAAGAUGUUCUCUAUUUUGCAUCGCGAGACUCUGCCACAGCUUUAAGAAGCAUAAUAACACAAAUCGCUACACCUGUCCCGGAACCUUGGACGAAGGCUCUACUUGAAAAGGACAUUGUUGUCAAAAGAGAGGGAGACGCGACAGUACAACCACUAUGGGAAAAGAUGGGUCUUACACUCGUUGAUGAACCGGUGCGGGGCAGAUCGCCCGACAUGUGA